AUGGAAGGAAGAACAAGUGUCGCAAACAAUUCGUCGACUACCUCUGCAGUUAAAGUUCCUACAACUUAUGUCUCACCAUUCUCAAAACCCUUACGACCUCCUAUAAUACCAAAGCAACUUCCUCAUACAAUUGCAAACAAAUUGUUGGACAAUAUGCAUUUGCACAAAGAAACAGCUCAGCCAACAGGUCAGGCAACAACAACUAUCGGAACAGAAGCAUUUUCAGAAGAAGUUCAUACCAAUCAGACUCCAAUCGAACAUACAGAAACACAACCACCCGAAAAUACAGAAACACAUCCAAUCGAACAUACAGAAACACAUUCUGCAAUGACCACUAGGUCGCAAACACGAUAUCUCGCCUUUAGCAAACAAUUUAAGUCUCAAAUUCAAGACACACAAGAUAGCGACACUCCUCUUUCAGAGAAAGUUCGUAGAAAAUACGCAAAGAAAAGGUUAGAAUUGUUAGAUAAGUUAAAUGAACAGUGGGGUUCAGAAGACAAUUGA